AUGGCUUAUGCUGGCCAACAUCACUUUACUAAUGCACGAUCAAGUACAGAAUCACUUGGGUCAUCUUACAUAGAAGAUAUUGGCGAAUACGAAGGAGAAAGAAAUGAAGCUGGGCAAAGACAUGGUUACGGAAAAGCUCUGCUCCCGAAUGGUGACAUUUUCGAAGGAAGCUACAAGAAUGGUCUGCGCUACGGAGAAGGAAAAUACAUUUUUCGUCGGCAUCAAGGUUCUAGUGAGACGACAGAUGAAAUUCUUCCUCAUGCAAAAUAUGUUGGAUUUUACAAGCGGAACAUGCGAAAUGGAAACGGAACCUUUUGGUAUCCCGAUGGAGCAACUUACUCCGGUCACUGGUCAAAUAAUAUGAAGCAUGGAAUGGGUGUUUACACGUACCCGAAUGGAGACCGAUAUCAGGGAAACUGGGAAAACGAUCUCAAACAUGGAAGCGGGAAAUAUGUCUACGCGUCUCACGGAGAAAGCAUCUCGGGGACAUGGGAGAAAGGGCAACUCGUCGGGAAAGUGACUCUGAAAUGCUCAAAAUUUUCUUUCGAAGGCGAUUGGGAUGGCGAUGGACCGAUUCGAGAUGGGAAAUUCAUGUUGCCGAAAGUCAGUCAACUUGGUGGCUAUUCAAGACAAAUACGAAAGAAGCACUUUUACGACGAAGACGAAAAAAUUAUUUGCGAAGAAGACACACUCAUCUGGAGAGCUGAUUCUUUUAUAAGUGAGCCUUGA